GACAUGGAGCGCGGCUGCAGCGCGCAGUCUGUCCGGAAUGCUCAGCAGAUAGCUGCGAGUCGAGGAUUUCCUGUUCUCAAACCGGGACUGUGAAGCAGCAGAGCUGCUCCCCUGAAUAAAGAGUCUGGCCGGAGCUGUCAGAACCACGCCUAUAGGGGCCCGCAAUUGGUCCAGAAAGCGUAAAAUCAGCAAUCAAAGGGGCUUGGUUCAUUAGUGCUGGGGAUGGAGGCAGGAAGGACAUGUGAGAUAGUAACAGAUCAGCAGUGAACAGGGCCACAUCUCUCCAGUCAGGGUGGAAUGACUCAAGCAGAGGAGACAUAGCGCAGCCGGGCGCAGCCGACACUGAGGGACGAAGCCGAGGCACCGCAGGAAAAACUAGACGUCAGCGGCAACUCUGGGCUGGUUUCUUCUACCCGACAACACGCCGAGUGUUUUUGGCCAGAGGCUGCUGCCGUCUGCGCCGCUUCACACACAUUCUCUGCCAUCGACGCGCAGAGCUCCGCGGGCUCCGGAUCGGGGCGGAGAUAGCACCAAAACAUCCAUCGUCGUUUCACUUCGCUUUUUGUGGAUGCACCGAUGAGAGAUCCAGUUUUUACAGGGACUGCAAUGGCUUAUCACCCUUUCCACCCACACCGGCCGACCGACUUCCCCAUGUCCGCCUUCCUAGCGGCCGCGCAGCCUUCCUUCUUCCCGGCGCUCAGCCUUCCUCCCGGGGCGCUCACCAAGCCCAUCCCUGAGCACGGCCUGGCCGGGGCGGCGGAGGCUGGGCUCCACCCGGCCCUCAGCCACCAUCAGGCGGCUCAUCUGCGCAGCAUGAAGAGCCUGGAGCCCGAGGAGGAAGUGGACGACGACCCCAAAGUGACGCUGGAAGCCAAGGAUCUUUGGGACCAGUUUCAUAAACUCGGGACGGAGAUGGUUAUUACCAAGUCCGGAAGGAGGAUGUUUCCCCCCUUCAAGGUGCGAAUAAACGGCCUGGAUAAAAAAGCCAAAUACAUCCUGCUGAUGGACAUCGUGGCGGCGGACGACUGCCGCUACAAGUUCCACAACUCCCGCUGGAUGGUGGCGGGCAAGGCCGACCCGGAGAUGCCCAAGAGGAUGUACAUCCACCCGGACAGCCCGGCCACCGGCGAGCAGUGGAUGGCCAAGCCUGUUGCCUUCCACAAACUCAAGCUGACCAACAACAUCUCGGACAAGCACGGAUUUGUCCAGACCAUCCUGAACUCCAUGCACAAGUACCAGCCCCGGUUCCACAUAGUGCGGGCCAACGACAUCCUGAAGCUGCCCUACAGCACCUUUAGAACCUACGUGUUCCCGGAGACCGAGUUCGUGGCGGUGACAGCCUACCAGAACGACAAGAUAACGCAGCUGAAAAUUGACAACAACCCUUUCGCCAAAGGAUUCAGGGACACGGGCAACGGCAGGAGGGAGAAAAGGAAACAGCUGACUAUGCCUUCGCUGCGGAUGUAUGAGGACCAGUGCAAAGCGGACCGGGAGGGCGCUGAUUCGGACGCCUCCUCCAGUGAGCCUCAGGGCGGCCGGGACCCGGUCCACUCCCCGCUGGGCGCCAGCACCAGCCCGCUAAGGUUCAGCAGGCCCAGCCGAGAUGAGAAAGCGUGCACAGACAGUGAGCAGGAGCUGGAGCAGCACGACGAGCGCUGCACAGCCUCCAACAGCCCAGGGCCCGAACCCGUGUCCCCCUACAGCUCCAGGUGUGAGGAGCGUGUAAGGGAACGGCCCAGUGCUGAAAAGAAGGAUGAAUCCCCGUUCAGCAUAAGGAAUCUAGAAAAGGACAAAGCAGAGAGCAGGCACAGGAAGGACACCACAGAGGUGUUGACAAAGGACUCUGAGGCUGGAGGCAACAGUGCCAGUAAAGACACCUUCUCCCCUCUAGUGGUCCAAACUGAGAGCCCCUCGCACUUCAGCCCAGGUCACUUACAAAGCCUGGCUCUGUCUGGGCUUCACAGUCAGCAGUUCUUUAACCCCCUGAACACCGGAUCGCCGCUUUUGUUUCAUCCCGGCCAGUUUGCCAUGGCCCCUGGAGCCUUUUCUGCUAUGGGAAUGGGCCAUCUACUGGCCUCUGUCUCUGGAGCAAGUGGUUUGGAAAACGGCAGCCUCUCCGCCCAAGGCACCGGAGGAACCCCCAACCCCUUCCCUUUCCAUCUGUCUCAGCACAUGCUUGCCUCUCAGGGCAUCCCCAUGCCUCCUUUUGGAGGUCUUUUCCCGUAUCCAUACACCUACAUGGCAGCUGCAGCGGCGGCGGCUUCAGCCUCGGCGCUCCCGGCCACCAGCACCUCCAACCCGCUCUCUAGGAAUCCCUUCCUGGGCUCAUCCCGUCCCCGCCUACGCUUCAAUCCCUACCAGCUCCCCGUGUCACUGCCGCAGAGCUCCAGCUUGCUCACCACCGGCCUGCCCAGCAGCCUCAGCCUGGGCUCAGAGUCCUCAAAACCCGGCAGCAGGGAGUCCAGCCCGGUCCCUGAUCACCACAGCAACCAUAAGACUGGAGGAUCGGGUGGAAGGGUGGUCUCCCCCAAAUCCUCCAUGAAGGACUCUGUAAAUGAGCUGCAGAGCAUCCAGAGACUGGUCAGUGGUCUGGAGGGGCAAAGGGAGCCCUCUUCUAAUGCAGACUCUCCCAAGUGAUGAGGACUUUGUGUCUGGGAUAAAGACUUGUCCUGAAUACCAGAGAACUUUGGGUGCAUACGUCCUGUACAGCACAUCACAGAGACUGACAUGAGGGUUGGACAGAGGCGAAUCAAUGAAGACUAAUUACAAAAAUAUUUUCAGAACAAAGCUGCGGGUACACAAAAAAUAUAGUCUAUGUCAUUAUAAUAAAUCGUUUUUUUUUUUUUUUUAUUCACAAGUGUUGAAGGUUUCCUAUCGAGCUGACUGGAUUACAGGGGGAAUAUCUGUAAGACAUUUUCACCACAGCCGCCACAGAGUCCUGCUGCUUGACAGGCUCUCCCCAGCCCCACCAGGUACAUCAUGAUGCUUUUCUUCAUCUGUUAAAAUAAACUCAAAAUAAUGGAGAAAAAAAAAACUCUAAUUAAAUACCAAAAGAAUGUGGAGACGAUAGAAUUCUGACAAUUAAAUGUCUAAUGAAAAGUUAACCACUUCAGUUCAAGGAUGUGAAACAGAGUAGCUGUGCUGGUGUUAGGGAUGAACCACAGAGGCCCUGGAGGGGCCCACGUAUGGCAGGAACCUGUCUGAACCUGCAGCUGCACACACCUAUGCUGCAUUUAAAGCUUUCCGCAUCCAACUUUAUUUUUCUUUUUUUUUUUUUUUUUUUUUUUUGCAAAACCGAGCCUUGAACGAGAGCCUAUUAAUGGCAGGUCUGCUUAUUUCACAAAAAGGGAUGGAAGGUAAAAGUUCCGUCUGAUAGUGACGGUCCGCUCCCCGCUGGGCGCCAGCACCAGCCCCAUGAGGUUCAGCAGGCCCAGCUGAGGUGGCAAAUAUUAGCCUACGAUUUCAUGCCAGAAAUAUUCUUUCUGAACUAUUUAUGUAAUUAAAAUUUUCUGUAAAUAAAGCUAACAACAAGAA